CGGGAAAUCUUCUGGCAGAAGCGAAUCCCAUCCACUGAUCUACAGGCCACAGGAAAAUAGGAGAGAAUUUCACACUGGAAGAAGAAGAAGAAAGAAAGAAAGCAAAUCUCUCUCUCUCUCUCUCUCUCCGCCAUUUAAGCCGCACCUUCCAACUCAUCUCCUCCGUUUUCACAUCAUAGCCGUUCCCAUGCUUUCAAGAUCUCGUGAAACCUCUCUCAAAUUUCAAUCAAAUCCUAGAUUCUUUCCUUUGAUCUCUUCGUUUCUUCAAUCACUCCACUUAUCUUUGACGGUCUAGAUCUGUCUUGGAUCCUCUGACUCAAUUUUUUGUCGGCUUUCCUUACUUUCCUCACAAUUUCCUCCACAUUGUCGUCUCCAAAACAGAUGAUUAAGAACCUGGUUUAGUCCGUCAAUCGUUUUCUUUUCAACAGUUUCUCUUCAAUCCUCCGAUUUUACUCACUGUUUUAAUGGCUCCAGAGGCCGAGGUGGUGAAAAAUUUGAACGGAAAUAGUCUCGAAACUGCAGAUCUUGUAGCUGAUAUGAAUCCGGGUAGUGCGAAGAAGCCCUUCAAGAUCUUUGUGGGUUACGAUCCGCGUGAGGAUGUUGCUUAUGAGGUCUGUCGUUACUCGAUCUUAAAGCGUUCUUCGGUUCCAGUGGAAGUUAUACCUAUCAAACAACAGGAUCUGAGGAGUAAGGAUCUUUACUGGCGUGAGAGAGGGCAUACAGAGAGCACCGAGUUCUCUUUCAGUCGGUUUCUGACUCCAUUUCUUGCCAAUUACGAUGGUUGGGCAAUGUUUGUUGAUUGUGAUUUCCUUUACACAACAGAUUUUAAGGAAUUGAUAGAGUUGAUUGAUGAUUCCUACGCAAUCAUGUGUGUUCAGCAUGAUUAUACUCCCAAGGAAAGCACAAAGAUGGAUGGGGCUGUGCAGACAGUUUAUCCAAGGAAGAACUGGUCUUCCAUGGUUCUGUACAAUUGUGGGCAUCCCAAGAACAAGAUCUUGACGCCUAAGCUUGUGAAUUCCGAGACGGGUGCUUUUCUUCACAGGUUUAUGUGGCUUGAAGAUCAUGAAAUUGGGUCGAUUCCAUUCGUUUGGAAUUUCCUUGUUGGUCAUAACAAGGUCAAUGAGAAUGAUCCUUCUACAUUCCCCAAAGCUCUACAUUAUACUACGGGAGGGCCUUGGUUUGAAGACUGGAAGAACUGUGAGUUUGCAGACCUGUGGGUGAAUGAAUUUGAAGCAUACAAGAAGGAAACAGAGUUGGCUUGAAGAAGAUUAAUAACUGGUAGACUAAAUUGCAGCAGAUGAUGACAUAAUGUUGUUUCUUUUGCAGUAGUGUUUUCAAGAAAUUGCUUUUGCAGUAGUUAGUAGAGGAACAUUUUUACAUAUCGUCCCUGCUACAUUCUUUUGUCUUAUAUUCAUUACAUGUAUCGUAGAUAUGCUGUUCGCUGGGGGGCAGUACCUUCUUGUCGAUGAUCAUAUAGGUAUUGCAGGCAGCUGCCUUGUGUAAUAUUUCAUUAGUUUCUCUCUUCUGCUUCCACCCUUGAAUGUAUUUUGAAAUUUUUUAUGAACCAUGUUGAUUAAUAUGAUGUUUCAUUUCUAUAAUGCAAUAGUUCUUUUUUGUUUUA